AUGGUAACCAAAAUACAGCAGGAAGAUGUCUAGGUAGCUAUGUCAAAUAAAGCUUCAGUUUGUGGAAUUAUUGGCGUAAGGAAACAAGUAAGUAAGUAAGCAGAAAACAUACCACUACCAUGCAGGAGUUACCUCUCCAGCCUUCAAACUUCUUCUCUUCCGAUGCCUCAAGGAGCACCUGUCGUCCCGACAUCCUUUGCGUGUCCAAUAUGGAAGAACUGGUGGUGGAGGUCCGUGGCUCCAACGGGGCUUAUUACAAGGGCGUUGUCAAAGACAUCCACGAUGACUCUCUCACCAUUGCCUUUGAGAACAAUUGGCAGCCAGAGCGCCAGGUGCCCUUCAACGACGUCAGGAUGCCACCGCCCGCUGAUGCCAAGAAGGAGAUUGGAGAGGGCGAGGAGGUGGAGAUCCUUUCCAGAGCCAAUGACCAGGAGCCGUGUGGUUGGUGGCUGGCUAAAGUCCGCAUGAUGAAGGGAGCUUUCUAUGUGAUUGAGUACGCAGCCUGUGAUGCCACCUACAAUGAGAUAGUGACCUUUGAGCGUCUGCGUCCGGUCAACACUAACAAGCCCAUCACCAAGAACUCCUUUCACAAGUGUACUGUCCCUGUUCCUCAGGAUCUACAAGAAGCGUGCCAGAAUGAGAACGCACAUAAAGACUUUAAGAAAGCCGUGGGAGCCUGUCGCAUCUCAUACUGCCCCGAGACCAGCCAACUACUGAUUGUGUCUACCAAUGAGACAACAGUGAAGCGUGUGUCUUUGCUGAGUGACAUGCACCUGCGCAGCAUCAGGACCAAGCUGCUGCUAAUGUCACGCAACCACGAGGCCACAAAACACCUGGAGACCUCCAGGCAGCUGGUGUCGUCCUUCCAGGAGGAGUUCAUGGUGAGAACAGAUCUGAUGGGCCUGGCCAUCGGCAGCCAUGGCAGCAACAUCCAGCAAGCACGGAAAGUUCAGGGUGUCACUGCCAUUGACCUUGACGAGGAGACUGGGACCUUCAGGAUUUAUGGAGAGACAGCAGAGGCAGUAAAGAAGGCCAGGAACUACUUGGAGUUUUUGGAGGACUCUGUCCAGGUGCCCAGGGCUCUCGUUGGCAAAGUGAUUGGUAAGAACGGUAAGGUCAUCCAGGAGAUUGUGGAUAAGUCUGGUGUGGUGAGGGUCAGGAUCGAAGGAGACAAUGACAACAAGCAGCCUCGACAGGAAUCGACACAGGGAAUGGUCCCAUUCACCUUUGUAGGUACUAAGGAGAGUAUUGGCAAUGUUCAGGUCUUGCUGGAGUACCACAUCUCUUACCUCAAUGAGAUGGUGGAGCUUCUUGCGGAAGGCCAGCAGCUAGAGGAAGAGCUGAGGCAGAUUGUGGAUUAUACACAGGGAAGCAGCCUAGCAAGAUUCAGAAUAAGCAACACAAGUCACAAUGGAUGCGAUGUAGAUGAGGUUGAGCAGCUUCGUCUGGAGAGGAUGCAGAUUGAUGAACAGUUACGUCAGAUUACCCAGGGUCACCGCCCAGGAGACCGAGAGAAAGGAGAGAGAGGAGAGAGAGGGGAAAGAGGAGGGUAUAAUACAGAUAACAGUGCCAAUGCCUCCUCUACCUCUUUACAUGGCAGUCGCUCCUACAACGGCCGAGGGCGUGGGCGCCGAGGCCAUGGCUACAGCACUGGAUAUGGCACGAACUCCGAGCAGUCCAACGCCUCUGAGACAGAUUCAGAGCGCAGGGAAGAGCUCAGUGACUGGUCUCUUGCUGUAGAGGACCAGGAAAGAGAGAGGGAGAGAGGCUCACGACCACAGAGAGAUGGCCGCAGGAGGCCUGGACCCGGUAGAGGUCGAGGAGGGCCUGGAGGACGGGGGAGAGGAGGAAGAGGAGGAUACAUCAGCUCUGCAGGUCCUCGGGACCAUGAGGAUAAUCAUGCCUAUGGAGCCGCUGAGACAAACACCGAGACAGACCAGACAGCUGAUACAGAUGCUAGCGAGUCCAAUUUGCCAGCAAACCGCCGCAGGAGAUCUCGACGGCGCAGAACAGACGAGGACACCACACUGAUGGAUGGCAUGAGCGAGUCAGACAACGCCUCCAUGAGUGAAAAUGGAAUAGAUGACUCAGAAGCUAAACCUCAGCGACGUAACCGUAGUCGACGUCGCCACAUCCGCCUGCCUGAGGAGAGGCAGCCAGUGACAGUGGCUGACUACAUAUCCCGGGCUGAAUCUCAGAGCAGACAGAUGACGACCACCAAGGACACCAAGAAAAACAAGGAUGUGGGUCAGGUGGAUACCAUUGCUGAGGACAGCCCACCGUCUGCCCCGGCAACCACCAAUGGGUCUAACAACGAUGCUGCCAUCAGUAAAGGGAGCAAUGCCUCUGGAGCUUCCGCCAAAAUCUCCUACAAGGGGGACUCUAACCCGCAACCUGUUGUUAACGGACUCUCCUAGUCAGACCCGAGCGAAGGAAAUGGUUUCAAAUAUUUGAAAUUCUUUGGCUGCACUUGGUUUAAUCUCCCAGUCUCUGGAGCAGCCUUUAAAGAGAAACAUUUAAACACAACAAGCACUGUUCAUUUUUUAUUUAAUUUUACAAGUAUUUGAAACCUGCUUCACUGCGCAAGUUCUAGAGGUCUGAACCUUAACCCCCCCCUUUACACACUUGUUCUGUCCAACUAUUCAUUUUACUACAGUUUUUUUUUU